UUUUUUUUUUUGUUUUAUUUUGAUUUAUAAAAAUAGACAAUGACCAGUCGUUUACCUAUUUUAUUCAAUACUACUGUGAAACGUGGUUUAAGGGAAACAGCUAGAGUGACUCAUCAACAACAACAUCGGGUUAUUCGUAGAUCAUAUAUAACACAUCAAGAACAACGAACUGGUUCCAACACUACACCUCUUCUCAUUGGUGGUCUAUUAGCUCUUAGUGGUCUUGUAUUUUAUUCUCGACAUGAAGCUGCGUUGUCAGGUGAAAAGCAACAUAUAGAUCCAAGUGAUAUCAAAGGAAAGGAAAUUCAACAAGAUAAAGAACUUGAAGAAAAAGUACAACAAACAGAUUAUCCAAUACAACCAUCAGAUCAUCCAUUUGUCACCAAGAAAGCUGGAUAUGUAGAUCCUGCUGAUAUCACUCGUCAAGAUCCGUCCAAGCCUGGUACCAUCAAGGAAGGUGUACAAUAUACUGAAAAUUUAAUUGCUGGUAAAGUGGAUUUAGCACAUCAAGUGGCUACGGACAAGAUACAAUCGGUGGAAGAAAAAAUCGAUGAAGCCAAUUGGGAUAUCUUUCCAGGCAAGACGGAAGAGUUGAAAGGGUCAUGGGACAGUACGAAAAAGACGCUUCAAGAUUCGUGGGAUCGGUUUUCCAACAAUAUCAGUCGUGAAUUGACCAGUUUACAAGGUGAAUUGGAUAGCGCCAGACAACAACUUCAAGACAAGAUGAACGAGGCGAAAGAAAAAGGACGUGCUGGGGUAGAACAUAUCAGUGAUGAAGCAAGCAAGCGUUCGCAACAAGCCUAUGAAGAUCUGGAUGCCAUUUCAACCCAAUGGAUCAAGGAUGCCGACCGUGUUCGCAAACAAACACAAGAUUAUUGGGAUACGUUCACCAAGGAUGUCUCUGAUAAUGCACAACGUACACAAAAGAUAUUGGAUGAUCAGGCAAAACAAUUGGCUCAAGAUAUAGAAGCGGUUCGCUCACGUGCUGGUGCCACAACACAACAAAUCGAAGAUCAAAUCAAGUCUCUCAAACAACAGGCCGAACAACAAUCACAAGAAAUCAAGGAUAAAUCGCAAGCUGAAUGGACCAAAUUGUACAACGGUGCAAGUGAUAAAGUCAAGAAUGCUCAAGCUGAAUUACAAGAUGCUCAUCAACAAGCUCGUAAGAAGGCUCAAGAUAUUGUCAAUAGCUGGAAAUAAAAAAAAAAAAAAAAGAAAACAGCAAUUUUUUUUUUUUUUUUU